ACGUCAGUACCCAGGUAUCCUUUCGGCUGAAUGGCUCUUAAAGGUUUUUUUGUUUAGGAGAGCCACCUUGUAAUGUUUACUUCUUGUCGUGCUCGGCGUGCAUUCUUCGUCGCUACGUAGCUCUCGCAUUGCGGGAUUGAUACCGGGUGCAGGAAUUAUUAACCCCCAUUUCAACACUUCGAGUGAGCGGCACCCGUAUAAUUUACGUCCGGCCAGUUUAUCCCGAGGAGUGAUAGGAGCGAACAUAUAUUUAUAAUUAGAAGCGAAGUAAGUAACAUUAACGUUCAUGAUGGCGAUGUUCCGCAGUUUUGUGUCGGCUACACAGUUUAGGCAUCACCACCAGCACCAGCAGCAGAGCGAGGCGGCUGCGGCCGCUGCCGGCGACAGUCUGGAGAGCCAGUUUUCCUGCCCCAUUUGCCUGGAGGUCUAUCACAAACCUGUGAGCAUCGCAAGCUGCGCCCACACGUUCUGCGGGGAGUGCCUGCAGCCCUGUCUGCAGGUCAGCUCGCCACUCUGUCCCCUCUGCCGCAUGCCCUUUGACCCCAAGAAGGUGGACCGGUCCUCCAAUGUGGAGAAGCAGCUCUCCUCGUGCAAGGCGCCCUGUCGGGGCUGCAGUAAGAAGGUCACUUUGGUCAAAAUGAGGUCGCACAUUUCGUCCUGCGCCAAGGUCCAGGAACAGAUGGCCAACUGCCCCAAAUUCGUCCCCGUCGUCCCUACGUCACAGCCCAUCCCCAGCAAUAUUCCCAACCGCUCGACGUUUGUGUGUCCAUACUGCGGGGCCCGGAACCUGGACCAGCAGGAGCUGGUGAAGCACUGCCUGGAGAACCACCGCAGUGACCCCAACAGAGUGGUGUGUCCCGUUUGCGCUGCCAUGCCCUGGGGUGACCCCAGCUACAAGAGCUCCAACUUCCUGCAGCAUCUCCUGCACCGGCACAAGUUCUCCUACGACACAUUUGUGGACUACAGCAUCGACGAGGAGGCCGCUCUCCAGGCAGCCCUGGCACUCUCAUUGGCGGAAAACUGAAGAUCGCGUCGUUUAAUCCACCUCCCCCCCAGUCCCCUCCCAACCCCCCCUCCACCCGAUCCCAUCAACUGUCUGGCGUGUCUCCGCUCCGUCAGCUGGGACCGUCCCAUAUAGACCUCCUUACCUAGCUAGUGAGUCCUUCCUCCUCCCCGACGACAUCACGGGGGUGAGUGGAUGGUCAGUGAUGAGGCGUACAGCUGCGUCGUAGCUCCUGCGAUGUCAAUGUGCGCCUGCUGGUCGCGCGAGAGGCGGAGCUUCGCGUCGUCUGGACACGCCGGGAACGAGCGAGCCCAUGUGACCUGGCCCGAUGGAUCUUGCAGGCUGUGCAUAAACUCACCCAUUCUUAGUCCUGCCUUGGUUUUCUGCUGCUGCUGGUUCAGAAGAAGCACAGAUUUGGUGGUGCCACACCUCCCAUCUUAACAUAAUGCAAAGCUCUAGA